AUGAGCUGGUCCUUGCAGCCCCGGAGUUUAAUUCUCUGCUGCACGCUUUUACUGCUCUCUCCAACGGGCCUGGCAUACAUUGCUACCAGAGAUAACUGUUGCAUCCUAGAUGAGAGAUUCGGUAGUUACUGCCCAACCACCUGUGGUAUCGAAGGCUUCCUGUCCUCUUACCAAACCGACGUGCACAAUGACCUCCAAGCUCUGGAAGACAUCUUAGCCCGCGCUGAAAACAGAACCACAGAAGCCAAUGAACUGAUCAAAGCAAUACAAGUUUACUACAACCCCAACCAACCCCCAAAGCCAAAUAUGAUAGACAGUGCCACUCAGAAGUCUAAGAAGAUGACAGAAGACAUUAUGAAAUAUGAAGCGCUGAUAUUGACACAUGAGACAAGUAUUCGGUAUUUACAGGAAAUCUAUAAUUCAAAUAGCCAGAAGAUCACAAACCUGAAACAGAAGGUAGCCCAACUUGAAGAUCAGUGCCAGGAGCCUUGCAAGGACACCGUGAAAAUCCAUGACACAACUGGGAAAGAUUGCCAGGACAUUGCCAACAAGGGUGCCAAAGAAAGUGGACUUUACUUCAUUCGGCCUUUGAAAUCUAAACUGCAGUUCUUAGUGUACUGUGAAAUCGAUGGAUCUGGAAAUGGCUGGACUGUGUUGCAGAAGAGGCUUGAUGGCAGUGUGGAUUUCAAGAAGAACUGGAUUCAGUAUAAAGAAGGAUUUGGACACCUGUCUCCUACUGGCACCACAGAGUUCUGGUUGGGGAAUGAGAAGAUUCAUUUGAUAAGCACACAGACCACAAUCCCAUACACACUGAGAAUAGAGCUCAAAGAUUGGAAUGGCAGGACCAGCACUGCAGACUAUGCCAUGUUCAGGUUGGGUCCUGAAUCUGACAAAUAUCGCCUGACCUAUGCCUACUUCCUUGGUGGAGAAGCUGGGGAUGCCUUUGAUGGCUACGAUUUUGGUGAUGAUCCCAGUGACAAGCAUUUUACAUCCCACAAUGGCAUGCAGUUCAGUACCUGGGACAAUGAUAAUGAUAAGUUUGAAGGCAACUGUGCUGAACAGGAUGGAUCUGGUUGGUGGAUGAACAAAUGUCAUGCUGGCCACCUCAAUGGAAUUUAUUACCAAGGUGGCACUUACUCGAAGGCAUCUACUCCUAAUGGCUAUGACAAUGGCAUUAUUUGGGCCACAUGGAAAACCCGCUGGUAUUCCAUGAAGGAAACUACCAUGAAGAUAAUUCCCUUCAACAGACUCUCCAUUGGAGAUGGACAACAACACAACAUGGGUGGAUCCAAACAGGUCAGCGUGGAGCAUGAAGUUGACAUUGAAUACCCAUAA